GGUGUUUUUGUCUUUGUAGGUUGUUGGUAUUUUGUUGUGUGAGACAGAAUUGAUUUGAUCAUGUCUGAUAUGACUUUUGGUCCACAAUGGUUACGUGAUCUCUCUGCUGGUGGUGGUCAGGGUAUACAUGGCUCCACACCUCCCCCACCUAGCAUCGUAUCUCCACAGAUACCGUAUCAGUUCAAGUUGGCUGAUCAUCGGUAUGGUCGUGAAGAGAUGCUAGCUCUUUACAUACCUGAUCCCCCAGUUCCGCAGUCACUCAAGUGUGAUGCACCCAUUGUGAAGGAGAAAGCAUUACAACCGAUGUCUUUCCUUCCUUUCUCCGAGGAAGAACAGAGAAGUCAAGUGCAAGGAGUCAACAGCAAGCUGGUCAGUCGAGGGCCUGCUAGAGGAGUACGACCAGGAAAUUCUAUCGGCUCUCCUGUUCACAAACUGGGAAGACCAGGUCGACCUCGGGAAGGCAGUUAUCAGAGAGGGACGCCAGUCGAUGACAAUGAAGAUGCAGUCGGUGGCUCAAAUGACGUAUUUGAACGAAAGGCCUACGAAAUUGAAAGGCCCGGGAACUAUCGUAUGAAAGGCGACGUGAGUCGCUCAGGUAGGUCAUCGAACUGGCGAUCGGGCACUUUGGAAGAUGGUGGCGGUGACUUGUGGAAGACUUUGCCGAUGAGUCCGGGACCGAAGUCUCCUGACAAGUGGCACGUUGUAGGUCCUCGUCAUGGCUGGAAAGAUCACAUUGAGCCUCGAGAUCGAUUCAUACAACAACCACCUCGGCGUCUCUCAGACAAAGACAGACCGAAUGACACACACGAUUCGGCAGCAUCUCAUCACCGAAUCGGUGGUCGUUGGGAUAAACUGCAUGAAGGUGAGGAACGAACACAUGAAACAACGUCAGAGGAAAGUGAGGAGAUGAACAGAGAAGGAAGCAAAGGAGAGAUAAGAGAAGAGAGAACCAGUAAGGGUAGAGUGAAUAGAGACGAGUUUCUUGAAGACAAAGCGACAUCAAACAGAAAGCGAGAAAUAUCACCUCCAAAGAAGGAGGCAUCUGAAGACAGAGCAGCAGGUUUGGAAUCUGCGGCUGCUGUAGAGAUGCCAAAUAGACCACAUGGUAGUGUCUCUAAUGGUGCGAUCCAUCCACAACAUGCGACUCACGCAGACGACCAACUGAAUACAAUUGAACUUUACGCUGGAAAUAAACAAGAAAAGACUGCCUUCGCUGCAGAUUCUGUGACUACUUUGCCACCCACCUCGCCUCGGUCUGAACAGACUAUGAAACUGUAUGCGGCCGGACGUGGGCGGGGCAGAGGCAGUGCCAUCGGACGGCCACGUUUACCUAAACUCGAUUCAUCGUCUUCUGUUCCUGAUGGUUCACAACCAGACGUGAGUAGAACGAAUAGACAUACGAGUCCAGUGAGUGUGAGACCGGGUAGGAUGAGUCGAGAAGAAGAAGAAGAAAUCAUCGAAGGAUUAGAGCAGUCGGCACGAAGCUUAGUAGCAGAUGUCGUUGAGGAUGACGACAGAGAGUCGGCUUCUGUGCAGCAACAACUGUUUGCUAACACUAAAAUUAUCAAGCAGCAUCAUCAGUUGGCAAAGAAGUUAGACAUAAGGAUGCCUUUUCAGCCUGCUCCGUCGGUCCAGCAGCCGUCCGUACAGCGGGCGUUCACUCAACCGACGUCGUCCGGGUCUCUCAACUCUGUGCCUGCUAGUCAACCUCUUCAGCCAUCUCACCCUCUUGAGCUCAUGAGUCAAUGGUAUUACACUGAUCCACAAGGAGACGUGCAGGGACCGUUUAAGAGCGAUGAGAUGUUGGAUUGGAUGCGUAACGGCUACUUCAGAAUGGAUUUGCUUAUCAGACGAGCAUGUGACAAAGAGUUCAAGACGCUGGGUGAAAUGAUCAAGCUUUGUGGUCGAGUUCCAUUCACACAAGGAGAAGCACCCACUUCUGUAGUGAAGCCGGGCUUAUCACAGUGGCAAUCCAUGAAUCUUGCACAGCAACAGAUGCUGGCUCACUUGCAGCAACAGCAAUCGAUUCUUCAGCAGCAGCAGAAGCAACCACAGCAGUUGAUGAAGGACACUGUUACUACCAUCGAGCCGCCUCUAAUUCCUAGUGUUGAAAAUGGUGCUUCUGUGGCUUCAUCGAUUUGGAGUGGAGCUCCAGGUGGAGACAUAUGGAGUAUGCCGGUGCAUUUGGGUGGAACAAGCCAAUUGGUGUGGGACUCAAAUAUGAAAAAGUCAGAUGUGCGCCCAAGAGACAGCAGUCAUCAGAAUUCUUUGACACAAGAUGACAAAGUAAUUACUGCAGAAAGUAAUCGAAUAAAAGAGGAAUUAAAUAGAGAGCAACAGCAGUGGGAGAUGGAAGAACGACAGAGACAGUUAAGAGAGGAAGAACAACGAGUUAGAAGGGAAGAAGAAAAGAAACGUUUACAGGAAGAACAGAUUCGUAAACGGGAAGAGGAAAAACAAAAGCAAGAAGAAAACCAGAGACUCGAAGAGGAACAACGACGACAAGAAGAAGAGCAACGAAGGCGACGUGAAGAAGAGCAAAGAAGGCGACGUGAAGAAGAGCAAAGAAGGCGACGUGAAGAAGAGCAAGAGCGGCAGGAGAAGGAGCGUAAGCAUCAAGAAACUGAGAGACUGAAGAAAGAGAAGGCAGAAGAGCUUAAACAACUCCAAGAAGAGGCUCGGCGGCAGCAGCAAUUGGCAUUACAAAAACAGCAACUGGCGGCUCGACAGAAGCAAGAGGUAGCUGCUCGACAGAAGCAAGAAGCAGCAGCUGUGACCACAUUUCACCAGCAGCAAAUGCAACAGAAUGAAAUGCUCAUUCGUCUCCAACAGCAACAAGCCGAUGUUCAGAGAAAGCAAAUGCAACAGACAUCUCGUGUGUCAGGCUGGAAACCAGUGCAGUCGUCAGUAUCACUGGUUGAAAUACAACAACAAGAAGCUGAACGAGAGAGACAAAGGCAGCAGCAAAAGCCACAACAGCAGCAGCAGCAACAGCAGCAGCAGCAGCACUUUCAACCACAAUCGGCUGGAUGGAGUGCUAAAGUCCAGGGAUCUGCAGCUCCAUCUCUUGCUCAGAUCCAGCAAGAACAAAUCGGUCAGGAUCAAACACGACUCGCACAACAACUACCACAGCAAAUCUCUACAAUGAAUCAAGGAUGGAGUAAAGCUCCAGUUGCUGCCCCAACCGUCUGGAAUCAACCAGUUUCCUCUUCUACGAUGUCUGUAGGCAGAGGGAAUGCGGUUAUCGUCCCUUCUCAUGCACCAAGCAGUUCAAAGUCAUUCUGGGACGAUCUCCCAUCGGUUGAAUCACCCGUUGCUGCUUCAGUAGGAAAGAAAGGACGAGGCUCUGGUGUCAUAAAUCCUCAACAAAAUGUUGCUCCAGCACCCGGAGACAGGAAGGUGGAGGCAAGAGAAGAGGAUUUGGUUCGACGCCAUUUUCAGUCGAAGGUGGAGAUCAGUGAGGACUUUUGGGAGUGGUGUCAAGAAAAACUCACACCGUUUAAGAAUGUUGUUCACGCUCACACACUCGUCGAGUUCCUUCAAGUUCUUGACUCUGUCUCUGAGGUGAGUGAAUAUGUGGAAGCAUACUUGGGCAAUUCAGUUGCUGCUCAAGAGUUUGCAAGAGGCUUCAUUGAACGUCACACCAAGAAAGUGAAGAAGGCAACAGCUGCUGAUGUGAUCAAAGGACAAAAAUCAACUGUACCGCCCACCGAUUCCUAUGCAGCAUUUCCUUCUCUCGGUGAUUCUGGCCCAAGUGUUAAGCUGCCUGUCGGAGGCAACCCUCAAGUGAUCCAACAAGAACAAGUCUCUAAACCAGAUGCCACGGGACCUAAAGGUAGAAGAAAGAAGAAACGAAUGCAGAAAGUUCCGGCAGCAAACUUCCUGUCGUACAGUGUGAAUGCUAGCGAACGGCCCAACAAAGGAGAAGUCAAGAGUGCCUUUGAUGCACAGUAAGACUACGGCUUUUCCUGGAUUUGGUUUUAUAAAGUAACACAAGAAUACGUUACUGACAUAAUAUAACACAUAAUGAAUGGUAAUUGCACGGAUGUCGUUUUAGCGGAUUCACUAGUCUUUAUCCUGAUUCAUACAACAGUCACAAACUGGUGGUAAUCAAGUAAUGGUUACAUAGUAACCAUGACAAAGUCACGUGCUACCCCACGUGGCAGCAUGUGAUACCAUUGUAUACCAUCUCACCUGCCUGAAACUUGAUGGGCUUUCUAUGUGUCGUGCUGGAGUUUUACAUUGAAUAAUUAAAUA